CGGGCCGGACCGGACAGCGGAAGUACAUGUAGGCAAAGUACAGGCGGAUUCGCUCUGCAUGCAGCGCAUUCGCAGGGCGUGAGACAGGAUUUUGCUGCAUGUAAGGCGUGGAUGAAUCACGUACGAGGCCGUAGAUGGACAAUGUAUGAUUAUAAAGGAGUGGAGCGCACGUCUGCGUAGAACAAAAUGAAAAGUGAGGAGACACCAGAGAGCCAUGUGAAGGUGAUGGGGGUGGAACUUGCACCCCUCCGCAUCCCGUUUCACAGACGGCUAGAAACUCUGGCUGUCUUGCAGUGGGAACUGACAUUCCUUCUCUUCGGAGUUGUUGUCAUCGUGACGUCCAUUUAUCUCCUCUUCACUAAGUACUACCCUGUGGUUAUUCUUGCAUAUCUCUGGGUAUACUAUGAUCGCAAGACGCCUCGUAGAGGGGGGCGCCGAUAUGAAUGGAUCCGUCACUGGAGGGUGUGGGUUCAUAUGAGGAAUUUCUUCCCAAUUCAUCUGAUCAAGACAGCAGAUCUGGAUCCUGGAAAGAACCACCUGCUUGGCUUCCAUCCUCACGGCAUCAUGAGCAUGGGAGCGUUUGUCAACUUUGGCACAGAGGCUAAUGGGUUUGCCAAGAAGUUUCCGGGGAUUAAGCCAUUUUUGUUGACCUUGAGUGGAUGGUUUAGGUUACCCUUGGCAAGGGAUUACAUCAUGAUGGGAGGAGGAUGUGAUGUAAGCAGGGAGAGUCUUGAUUGGUUGCUAGGGCAAUCUGGCCCUGGUAAUGCUGUCGUCAUUGUAGUGGGCGGAGCCACUGAGUCUUUGGAAGCUCAACCUCAUAGACAUUUGGUUUACCUGAACAAGAGGAAAGGCUUUGUUCGCAAGGCCCUUAUACAUGGGGCUAGCCUGGUGCCAGUGUACUCCUUUGGGGAAACAGAUGUCUACGAGCAGGUUCCCAACCCGGAAGGUUCAUUUCUGAGAAAACUACAGACUUUUCUGACCAAAGCUCUUGGAGUUGCGCCCCCAGUCUUCCACGGUCGAGGGAUCUUCAACUACACCAUGGGUCUGUUGCCUUACCGGAAACCUAUAUAUACCGUAGUGGGUAAGCCGAUUCCCUUGGACAAGAAUCCCAACCCAACACAGGAAGAGAUUGACAAAGUACACGCUGAAUACAUUGAAUCAUUGGUGGCACUGUUUGAUGAGCAUAAAACCAAGUAUGGCAUUGAGGAAGAGGAGACCUUGAAAGUGAUUUAGAGAAUGAGACCAACCAACAGCCUGGGACAUCCUGAGUUUGACCCAUUGACACCAUCAAGUUAGCCUGUGUCUAAAAGCUAUUUUUGUGCCUCUCACAGGGCUAUGCCUAUGAGACCCAUUGGCUAGCAGCUACACAGACUUCUCAUAGAUUUGUGUUCUUCUGUCAGCCAUAGCCAGUUUAUGUGGACAUGACAGAUUUCUUGUAUUAAUUUAAGCCUUUCUUCAUAACAAUUCGUUCAGCCUACUGAAUUGGCUUUGCUAUUGACCCAGUGUCAUAUUUUUUCAGUGGCAAAAAAACUUGGCACUACGCCGUGAAGUUGGAUUAAAGUCAGCAUGGUUGCAUUUUGAUGUCAGACUGAAGUCAGACCACUAGAAUAGUGACAUCAUUUAAGUAGUACCCUUGACUACAUCGUGCUGUGUUUUGAUAUGCCAAAGACAUUAAGAAUGGAUAAUGAAAUGCAGUCAGAAUUGAAAUGUGUAUAUAUUUUUCAAAGUUUGAAGUGUGAAAUCACAUAGUUACUGAUUUAAGCAACAUAAAAUCUCAAGAUCUAUAUCAUGAUGCAUGAAUUGAUUUAAGAUAAUUGUGGAAGUGUAUAUUGGUUCACUGAAAUAUGCUAGAUUGUUUAUAUGAAUUUAUCUUUAAUGUGGUUGGAAACCAGAAUAGAAAUCGUCUGAGCUGAGGAAGAUGCAUAAUUUGCUAAAUAUAUGUUAACUGUUGUAUUUUCUCAUACAUAUCCUCAUUGUUGAGACAAGUUUAUGUUUAUUUCAGAUAUCACUAAACAUGCUGUUAUAUUUACAACUGUCCUCUAAUGAAUAAACAACCUGUUGUUUGAAAAUGCCAGUUUCAAAUUUAAUUUGAUAAAAUGCAUGAGACAUGUACUUGAUACUGCUAAUGCAGUCUGAUUUCUAUUUAUUUUCUGACAUCGAUGCACUUUUUACAAGCGUCGUGAUCGACUUUUUUUCUAGGGUAGGCUGAAAUAUACAGGCCAAAUGUGCUCUGCAGUUAUUUGAAAUUAUUGUAUUGUACCUUGAUCUUCCCACAUAUGUACUUAAAUUUCCCUUUACUAUCUCAAAACUAUCAGCACAUUGUGAAGUAAGUCAAUGCAGUAUCUGAUUUUCUUUUUAGUUUGAACUUAAAUAUGCUGGAUUAUAUUUUCUGCUAUACUUUCAGUAGGUUCACUAACAUCCAGGUUUAAGAAGUGACUUUUCUCGGCAGUAAUUUGACACGUUGUCAUGUAUUGUUUGUGGUGUACAUGUAUGCUUUGUAGAGAGUGUUCUAGUGCAACCAGCGUAGGUUCAGGUCUUCAGGGUAUACUUGUUUAUAGUGUAGGCUUAUCAGUAAAGAUUAUUUUAGUGCCGUCAAUACAAGUUCAGAGUAUAAAAGUUGUCUCUAUUUCGUCGUACCGCCAUUAUUUCAGGUUAUGGGUGAUUAUCCACAUUGGUUGAUGUACACCGCUAGCUUGCCAGUUAAUAUUGUCGAAAAAAUGAUGCAGCUUGAUUUAACGUUCGUAGAGUGUUGAUUGUGCUAAAAAUUGAGGACGGAGUAAAUCAAAGCCAGAAAGAGAAGUAUAA